AUUAUCCUUGGAGCUAAUUGCUAACAGAACAAUGUGUUUCCCCCCCUGCAGAAGACGCUGUGGCCGUCAGUAAUCUGAGUUCUGGUGUGCAGAGGAACAUCGUUUUGUUCCAGGGGUUUUGUGCCAUGAAGUAUGCCGUCUACGCUCUGUGUGUGAACGCUCAUAAACACUCUCACUGUGCCGAGUGUGAGUCCGUGCAGCAGCUGACGUCUGACACAGAAACAGAAGACAAGCAAACCCCUGCUUCCUCAGACGGUCUUCCUCUUCUGUUCCAGCACUUCCUGUCUGAAUGUCAGCUCCACCUGCAGGCCGUUCCCUCCAUCCUCCGCCUGGAGCUCCUGGAGAACAUCUUCUCUCUUCUCUUCCUCUCCACCGCCGACUUCUCCCCACACAUCCACAAAGACUCAAACUCCAGCCCUCUCAAGGGGAAUGCAUCUCAGUCUGAAUGCUUACCAGAAACUAGAAACACAGAUGAAGAACUGGGAGCUAAAGAGAGGACGGAGAACGAUAAAGAGAAGCAGAAGCUGCCUAAAUGUAAUCACCUGGAGCUGGGACACUUCAUCCAGGGCUGCAGGGGGUUCCUGGCUGACGUGACGGCCAUGACGGGCUUUUUGAAGCUGCUGAAGGAAGGGUUGGAGGGCAUGAGUGUGGAGGAGGGGAAGGAGGCCACGGAGGGUCUCGGAUGCUCCAUAACGGCGGAGACUUUUGCGGCUCGUCUGCAGAGGUUAUCCAAACGCACCGCCGAGGCUCAGUGGAGGCUGCAGAUCAUCAGCAGCAACCAGAGCAGCGGGAGCGGUGAGACGGAUCAGACAUUUCUCUAGCUUUCCUGUUUACUUUCUGUAACAGUUUUUUUUGGAGUAGGUGUAGGUUAGCUCAGAGGGCCCAUGGUUGUUUGAUGGUGCACUAUAUGCCGACACAUUGAAGGAAUAACAAGCUAAACAAUAUUAAAAAUGAAGUCAAACUGCAAGAAAAUAACGUUUCUAGACCAGAAAAUCACAUGUGCUGUGGAAAAUGUAUUUUAAAAAGUUCCUACACACUAGUGUUCAUACUUGAGUUUGAAUAUUUAUUAAACAUCUUGCCAG